CAAAAAGUUAAAAAAGACAAACCGAAGGAUGGGCAUAUUCAUUCACGGCACGAUCGUAAGAAAGCAUCAGGUUUCAAAAAAUCAAAGUAGUGAAUAAUUACAAAGUACAAAAUGGUCCCUAUAUAACUGUCCUUCCUGGACUCGCGUUACGAUAAAAGCUUUUGUUUCGUUUCCUGCGCUGCAUGCACUUUCACUCCAAACAACUCAAUCUGCUAGGGGUGCUUUGCUUGCGAUCUUGUUGGAGGUUCUUCUGUUCAAGAGAACAUGGUAACUAGAAUUGUGGAUCUUCGGUCAGACACAGUUACAAAGCCAACCGAAGCAAUGAGAGCUGCUAUGGCAAGUGCUGAAGUUGAUGACGAUGUUCUAGGCUAUGAUCCAACUGCGUUUCGCUUAGAAACAGAGAUGGCAAAGACAAUGGGCAAGGACGCAGCUCUUUUUGUUCCAUCUGGCACUAUGGGGAACCUUAUAUCUGUACUUGUCCAUUGUGAUGUCAGGGGGAGUGAAGUUAUUCUUGGAGACACUUGCCAUAUCAACAUUUUUGAGAAUGGAGGUAUUGCAACUAUUGGGGGAGUGCAUCCUAGACAAGUGAAAAAUAACGAUGAUGGAACCAUGGAUAUUGAUUUGAUUGAGGCUGCUAUCAGGGACCCAAUGGGGGAGCUAUUCUAUCCAACCACCAAGCUUAUUUGCUUGGAAAAUACUCAUGCAAACUCUGGUGGCAGAUGCCUCUCAGUUGAAUAUACAGACAGAGUUGGAGAGUUAGCUAAGAAGCAUGGACUGAAGCUUCACAUUGAUGGGGCCCGUAUUUUUAAUGCAUCAGUUGCACUUGGUGUUCCAGUGGAUAGGCUUGUCCAGGCGGCUGAUUCAGUUUCCGUUUGCCUAUCUAAAGGUAUAGGUGCUCCAGUUGGAUCUGUUAUUGUUGGUUCCAAAAAUUUUAUUGCCAAGGCUAGACGACUCCGGAAAACCUUAGGAGGUGGAAUGAGACAGAUUGGCAUCCUUUGUGCCGCUGCACUUGUUGCCUUGCAGGAAAAUGUUGGGAAGCUGGAAAGUGACCACAAGAAAGCUAGACUUUUGGCUGGUAAAUGUCACACAGUUUUAGAUGAUUCCAUGCGGAGUCCUGAUGGAUUAAACGAAGUUAAAGGAUUGAGAGUGGAUGCCUGUUCUGUGGAGACCAAUAUGGUAUUUAUUGACAUUGAAGAGGGUACAAAGACUAGAGCAGAAAAGAUAUGCAAGUACAUGGAAGAACGUGGUAUCCUUGUGAUGCAAGAGAGUUCAUCAAGAAUGAGAGUUGUUCUCCAUCACCAAAUAUCAGCAAGUGAUGUGCAAUACGCCUUGUCAUGCUUUCAGCAAGCUGUAGCUGUUAAAGGAGUACAAAAUGAAAUGGGCAACUAGUGGAAGAAUUUGAAUAUGACACGUUGCUGCCAUAUUAGUCAUUAAAAAGGAAUUCUCUGUUUCAUUUGCCUUUGCUCAUUUUAUUUUCUUAAAUGUACCCUAAAUAACACACAAGGAUUUACAUCUUUGAGGUUGUUCCCUUUUAUGAAUUAUGUUGACUUUCAUCGUCGUUCCCCUACUAAUUUGGUUCA